ACAGGAAACUGGUCAAAGGCUCCUGCAUGUUAGAGCCUUUUACAGACUCACUGCGUUGAGUCUAACAACCGCGACUGAAUGCAGCCUCCAAUGUGCUCAGAAGAAUGGGCUUACAUUUCAAGUGGCCAUUAGGGGCCCCUAUGCUGGCAGCAAUAUAUGCAAUGAGUAUGGUUUUAAAAAUGCUGCCUGCCCUGGGUAUGGCGUGUCCACCCAAAUGCCGCUGUGAGAAGCUGCUCUUCUACUGCGACUCUCAGGGCUUCCGCUCAGUGCCAAACGCCACAGACAAGGGCUCUCUGGGCCUGUCCCUGAGGCACAAUCACAUCACAGAGCUCGAAAGGGAUCAAUUUGCCAGCUUCAGUCAACUUACGUGGCUCCACUUAGACCACAAUCAAAUUUCAACAGUAAAAGAAGAUGCUUUUCAAGGACUAUACAAACUUAAGGAAUUAAUCUUAAGUUCCAACAAAAUAUUUUAUUUGCCAAACACAACUUUUACUCAACUGAUUAACCUGCAAAAUUUGGACCUGUCUUUUAAUCAGCUGUCAUCUCUGCACCCAGAGCUCUUCUAUGGCCUUCGGAAGCUGCAGACCUUGCAUUUAAGGUCCAACUCCCUGCGGACUAUCCCAGUACGUCUAUUCUGGGACUGUCGUAGUCUGGAGUUUCUGGAUUUGAGCACAAACCGUUUGCGAAGUUUGGCUCGCAAUGGAUUUGCAGGAUUAAUCAAACUGAGAGAGCUUCACCUAGAGCACAACCAGCUGACGAAGAUUAAUUUUGCUCACUUCCUACGGCUAAGCAGUCUACAUACACUCUUCUUACAAUGGAACAAAAUCAGCAACUUGACAUGUGGGAUGGAGUGGACCUGGAGCACUUUAGAAAAGCUAGACCUGACUGGAAAUGAAAUCAAAGCCAUCGACGUGACAGUGUUUGACACAAUGCCUAAUCUUAAAAUUCUCCUCAUGGAUAACAACAAGUUAAAUAGCCUUGAUUCCAAGAUCUUAAACUCCCUGAGAUCCCUCACAACUGUUGGCCUCUCUGGCAAUCUGUGGGAAUGCAGCCCUCGAAUAUGUGCUCUGGCCUCCUGGCUGGGCAGUUUCCAAGGUCGGUGGGAACAUUCCAUCCUAUGUCACAGCCCUGACCACACCCAAGGAGAGGAUAUACUAGAUGCAGUCCAUGGAUUUCAGCUCUGCUGGAAUUUAUCAACCACUGUCACAGCCAUGGCUACAACUUAUAGGGAUCCAACCACUGAAUAUACAAAAAGAAUAAGCUCAUCAAGUUACCAUGUGGGAGACAAAGAAAUCCCAACUACUGCAGGCAUAGCAGUUACUACUGAGGAACACUUUCCUGAACCAGACAAUGCCAUCUUCACUCAGCGGGUAAUUACAGGAACAAUGGCUUUAUUGUUUUCUUUCUUUUUUAUUAUUUUUAUAGUGUUCAUCUCCAGGAAGUGCUGCCCUCCCACUUUAAGAAGAAUUAGGCAGUGCUCAAUGAUUCAGAACCACAGGCAGCUCCGAUCCCAAACACGACUCCAUAUGUCAAACAUGUCAGACCAAGGACCGUAUAAUGAAUAUGAACCCACCCAUGAAGGACCCUUCAUCAUCAUUAAUGGUUAUGGACAGUGCAAGUGUCAGCAGCUGCCAUACAAAGAAUGUGAAGUAUAAUAUCUACCCAUCAUCAAAAAUUACAUCAGAUAAGUAACCUAUUUUACAUAGUAGGGGAUAAAUACAUACCUAAUUUUUACCAAUGGUGACAUUAAGCCUAAUUUUCCAAACCAAGUGGAGACUUAAGUUUUUGAAGUGUUAAAGUAUUUUUAAUUUUUUUUAAUGAACCCAUAUUUUAAGUGUUAUAUGAAGCAAAGCUCAUAUUAAUUUCCACUCUUGUUGCAAAAUCUAAAAAUGCUUACUUCAAAAUAAGACAUUUCAUGUAUGUAAUUAUUAUAUACUAUCAUGUGUAAACAUUUACACUAAGGUCUCCAUAUGCUAUUUUUUUCUACUGAAAACAGUUUGGAAAGAAGCUACUGAGCAGAUAAAGAUACGGAUCAAUACUUGUUAGAUCACUGCUCUCCAUCCCAAGAACCACAACUGGCUUGCUGCUUAAAAGGAGGCUUAGCAAAGUUCUCUUCUAUAAUCAUUUGUUAUUUACUCAAAUCUACAAUUUAUUGCCAGUGUGGGAAGUAGAAUUUCAUGUAUGCUGAAGACUGGUAAAUAUUAAACACUCUUCUUCCAGAGUUUUUGCCUGGGUUAGUAGAUAUUAUCAAAGUCCACAUUAUGAAAUCAGAACCCUUUAUGUAAUUCUAAUGAGCUGAGUGACUCUUUAAUAUAUUUAAACAAUGAAUCCAAUUGAUUGUGAAAAGGUCUCAUUACAAUGAAAUCAAUAGUAAAUAAUUACACUGACUUCACAUCA